CCAAGUGUAACCAUGCUCUACCUACAAUGUUAACACGUCCCCAUCUCUUUCUUUUAAGUUGCUCAGCCAGUUUCUUGUGCUUCACAAACCUCUGAUCAUCUAUUAUUGCCUAUCUCAUCAGUUUCUUCUUUUCCAUUAUUCUUCUUCUUCUUCUCUCUCUCUCUCUUCGCCUUUGCAGGACUUUUCUUUCUGAUCCAUUUGUCCUUAUAGAACCUCAAGACUGCCGUUUUUUUUUUUUUCAACACCUUACGAUCACAUCUCUCUCUGUCUCCUACCAUUACACAUAAGAAGCUAGCUCAAGCAACCUUCCCAGUCUUCAUUCAAAGAGAUUUCCUUUUUUGGCUAAUAUUUCUUGAAGAAAAUUCAGCUAUGCAAAUGGGGUUUCCGUGUCAAACACACAAUACUAAGUAAAAAACAAAAAGACCCAUUUUUUUCUUCAAAGAUCAACACUCAACAGCCUAAAAAAACCAUGUUGGAUCUCAAUGUUGAUAUCCUUUCAAACAAUUCAGUUUGUGAUGAAAAAGAAACGGUAAUGGAGUUGGUGAAGCUCCCAGAAGACUCUGGCACCUCCACCUCCUCCAUCGUCAAUGCUGAAGAAGCUCCAACCAAUGCCGGAGAUGAGGACUCUUCCAACAACUCCUCCUCUGAGUUCAUGUUUGACAUCUUGAAGAGAAAAGAAAAAUACUGUGUCCACAACACCGACGAGGUCAAACAAAAAACCCCAAGUUCAGAACUUGUUACAAGGACACUUUUUCCGGUCACCGGAGUAAGAGAAUCCAGGGAAUCAGAGUUCAUCUUAGGAUCAUCAUCUUCUUCGUUGUCGUCGACAAAGACUCAAUGGUUGAACUUGUCGUUUGCUGACUCUGGAAGAGGUCAGCCUGAGCUGAGAAUUACGCAGCAGAAGCAACAGCAAGCCAGGAAAAGUAGACGGGGACCGAGGUCCCGGAGCUCUCAGUACCGGGGCGUAACGUUUUACCGGAGAACCGGGCGAUGGGAAUCACAUAUAUGGGAUUGUGGAAAGCAAGUAUAUUUAGGUGGAUUUGACACUGCUCAUGCUGCGGCUAGAGCAUAUGAUCGAGCUGCAAUUAAGUUCCGGGGGAUUGAUGCUGAUAUCAAUUUUAGUGUAAACGAUUAUGAGGAUGAUAUGAAACAGACCAGGAAUAUGACUAAGGAAGAAUUUAUUCAUACUCUUCGUCGUCAAAGCACUGGAUUCGCACGAGGGAGCUCAAAAUACAGAGGUGUAACCCUGCACAAAUGUGGUCGAUGGGAAGCUCGAAUGGGACAAUUCCUUGGGAAGAAGGCCUAUGACAUGGCAGCCAUCAAGUGCAACGGAAGGGAAGCAGUGACCAACUUUGAACCAAGCACCUAUGAAGGGGAGAUCAUUGUAGAUGGCAAUACUCAAGGAAAUGGCCACAAUCUUGAUCUAAGCCUUGGGAUAUCUAAUGGUUCAAAGGGCAAGGACAAUGUGGGGGAUUGUCUUUCUUGUUGCAAUAGAGAGAGAUUAAUGGUUGAUAACUCUGCUUCUGCACCACUGGGUGGCCAACCCGUUCAUAGUCUGACAAUGGCAUCAAAGCACCUUCCCAUAUGGUCUGGCAUAUGUCCUGGUUACUUACAAAGUUAUGAGGGAAUGGCCACAGAGAAGACAGUCGAAGCUGUUUCUUCGCAACAAUUAUCCAGCUGGGGAUGGCAAAUACAAGGCAAUGGCAUUGUUGCCCCGGUGCCUUUAUUCUCUAUUGCAGCAUCAUCAGGAUUCUCCUCUUCUACGACUACUGCUCCAUCAGCUACCUUCCCAUCUAACCCCCAGAACAAUUGCGUCCAGAAUCCCUUGCUUCCUUUACCCACCACAUCCACAUCAAAUACCAACAUUUCUAACUACUUCACUUAUAGGAGGAGCUGAAACCAAGAUGUAAUCACUUGUCUUUAUGCCUUUAGAAGGUUAGGUAAGCAAGACAAAUUAGCCAAUUAUAGUAGUCUGUACUAUGUACAGGUGUGUAUCUUUAUAAUAUAAAGCAUAUAUUGCCUGUCGUAAAAGGCUUUUUUCAA